CUGGCAAGGCAACUCCGGAGGGAGGACAUGAAGAGAGUCACCCUGUUUGUUAAUGGCAGCCCCAGAAACGGGAAGGUUGUGGCUGUUUAUGGAACAUUGUCCGAUUUGCUUUCUGUCGCAAGUAAUAAGCUUGGCAUAAAAGCAACCAGUGUUUACAAUGGAAGAGGUGGACUCAUUGAUGACAUUGCCUUAAUCAGAGAUGACGAUGUUCUUUUUGUAUGUGAAGGUGAACCAUUUAUUGAUCCCCAGAAUGACCUCAACCCUCUAGAAACCUUAACGGGAUCUCAUUCGGAUUGGAUCACACUCAAUGUAGGAGGACGGUACUUCACAACUACCCGGAGCACUUUAGUUAGUAAAGAACCUGAUAGCAUGCUGGCUCGCAUGUUUAAAGAUAAAGAUGCUUGGGGAAACAAGAGAGAUCACAGUGGAGCUUUCCUGAUUGACCGAAGUCCCGAGUACUUUGAACCGAUCUUGAACUAUUUGCGGCAUGGACAGCUAAUUGUGAAUGAUGGCAUUAAUUUUCUAGGUAGGUACCAGGACCUAAAAACAUUUUGUUGUCUUGGUUACAACCAUGCUUCUUCUCAGACAAGUCUAAAGCCAAGCUUCCUGAAUAGAGCAAAGGAUGUGGAAAUCCCAUGCAAACUUUUGGCAUUUUUGUAUGAACUUGGGUUUCUCCAGUCCUAGACCAACACAAUCAGAAUCUCAUAUCCAU